CUGUUGGAUUACGGCAGCACAACAAGUCAGACACAGGAAAAUGUAUGCUAUAUACUCCAAUCGGAGGCUGUUGCUUCCCCCCUGUUUUCUUUCCUCUACCACCCAAGUCUGAGUCACAGUUCGACACCAGCCUAAGGAAACAUACAUUUCGCUGCAAUGUUCUGGUUACGUGACAAUGGAAACUGUAUUCCCGUUGAAGAGCUUGCAGAGUCCUCGCCCUCGGCCAGUCAGGUAAUGGUUCGUACUGUCGUGGGUCUAUUACUCGCGUUCGGUAAGUCCUUGCACUCAGCUGCCUCUCCCCUGCAUGAGCUGAUUGAAGCCUGAUUCCAAACAGCAUUCAUUCUGUUCAUUCUGCUAGCGUUUGGCUGUGUAGGGCGCCGACUCACUCGCGACGAGACCCGCAUCCGCAGCCCGGGUAAGCACUCGCUCCAGCACGAUGUUCUCCUGGCUCCAGAACUGAAUGCGAUAUUUUCACAGUGACGCACCUUGGACGCUCCCAUUCAGACUCGGCUAGGGCAGGAGCUGCUCGAACAAGGAUGCAGGCCCUCUACCGCACGUCAUCCUGGCCAUUCCGCACGCCUCGGCAUAACGACCCGCUACCCAGCUACUCCUCUCGCGAAGACGCCCCAUGUGCACAAGCCGGCUCACGCGCGGCGCCGACGGGCAAUGGGCAGCCACCGAUGUACACCCCAAGGAUCAUCGCUUUGGCACCCGUACCUCCCGCAUACCACCCCGGCGAGCCGUCGCUUGGGCCCCCGCUAUGAUGAACGGAGUUCUUCUGGAAAGGGCGCCGAUACGAAGACGUCGGCGUGCAUGACCCCUCGAAAGCUCGUAUACCCUCGCUUCGCGUAAUAGGAGUUGAGUUCCGGUGUGUGCGGGAGGCCAGGGGGGCCGGGGGACAAGGAUGGAAGGAACAAAGGCUGGUUGCGCACCUGCAGCUUUUCGCCAACCGGAGGAAGGAUGGGGGGGCACCAGAUACAGGCGAUGUCAGCGUGUAAAGUUGUCGUCCGUGGGCUGGAGGCACGUUCCUCACAUGGCUGGACAUUCUC